GUGGGGUUCGGAUCGGCAGUCGGGGGUUUCACCAACAGCCGUCAAACUUACAGGUACGGCAAUCCAGCACUUCAGACAUAAACCCCAUGAAGAUGCUGGGUCGAAUCGGCUGGACAACACAAAUGUGGAGAUGAUACGGCACAAGCGACCCGGUGGAAGAGCUAGCUAGCUGGCUAGGUACAGCCCUGGUCAACGGCAGGGCGAAAGUGACGACUGGAUAGGUAGCUAGCUAGCGUUCAAGCUAAACAAACUUACAUUGGCAAGGGAGAAGCUAUUCAAAAGGGACCAGGAUGCCGAAGGAGCAGACGUGUUUGGGGGAGCGCCCACCCCGUUCCUCCAGCAAGAAUGCCAAGGACAAGAGCAACAGUGCCGCCCUGCUGGCCUCCCGGGGCAGAGCAGGCAUGGAGGAGGAUGCCAGUGGGCGGGAGUCGCGGUGCAGUUCAGAAAAGGACUCCGGGUACUCUGACACGGGCUCCGACUCGCUGCAGACCGAUGUGGAGGACCAGCGCAGCAGCGUGAGCGAGCCCCAGAGAGCGGGGCGGGACGGAGGAGGGGGCGGGGGCCCGGGCGGGGGCCAGGGAGAGGCGCUGCACGGAAGCAACGCCCCCCUGCCCUGCACGGCGGAGCUCACCCCCAUUUACAUCAUCAAGAACGUCGUGCUGAAGCAGCCUCUGACAGUGCAGCCGGGUCCGGAGUCGCUCCUGCACGGCCAGCUGACAUGGGGAGGGGGCAGCAGCGCCCAGGCCCCCACCCAGCUCCUGUUCAUCCAGCAGCCCGGGGUGGCCUCUCCCGCCCCCUUGCACCUCCUCAAACCCCAGCCCCGUAAGGGGGGCGGCGGCGGCAAGAACAGCAAGGGAACGUACCUCCCCAUCCUUAACUCCUACCCCCGCAUCGCCCCCCACCCCAGCAAGAAGACCCCGGAGCCGGUGAAAGGGGGCGGCAAGGGGAGUGCCAGCGAGGGCCAGAGCCUGAGCAAGCGGGUGUGCAUGGAGGAGAGGCGGGAGGCGGUGUCCACCACCUCGCAGGUCCCCAGGCCCCAGGAGGGCCGGCCCCACUCCCACGGCCACUCCCACGCUAACCCGCGUGGCGCCACUGCUGUCCCCGCCCCGCCCUCCCACCCGCAGCACCGUUCCUCCUCCUCCCUGCCCCGACCCCGCCACGCCCAGAAGCCCCCCAGCCCCUCUGACUCCUGCGGCCUGGGCUCGCCGUCCGUCUCCAGCUCCGAGAUGCCGUCCCCGCCGUCCCCGGCCUCGCCGUCAUCCCCGGAGGGCGCGCCCAGCCCGGCCCCCGGCCCCGGCCCCGGCCCGGCCCCCCGCAGGCGUGCGGCCGGCUCGGCGGCCCGCCAGCAGCGCUUCCUCAACACGGUGGAGAUCCUGAGCCAGUCUGGGCUGCUGGACAUCACGCUGCGCACGCAGGAGCUGCUGCGGCAGAGCGCCUCCACCGAGCGCGACAUCGCGCAGCUCCGCCGGCACGCCCAGCUGCUGUGCCAGGCCGCGCAGGCCGGCGAGGACGCGCCCGCCGCCUGGGACAGGCUGCUGCAGGCCAUGGCCGAGUCGGGCAGGUACCCCAGCCUCGCCUUCCCCGCCCCCGCCGCCGCCGGCCGCCCCGCGCCGGAGGCCGACCCGGAUCCAGGCGCCGGGAAGAGCCAGCCCGUCGUUGUCGCCACCGCCGCCGCCGUCAGCCUCGGGGGCCGCGACAGCGAGGUGGCCCCGCCCUCUCCGCUGCUCGCCCCAACCCCAGACCCGCCCCCGAAUUUCCUCGAAGAAGGCCAGCUCAGCCCCACCAAUCAUAACACUGCGCCCUUGUCCGCCCCCACCACCCUUGACCAGGCCAGGACCCACAGGGUCAAGACGCCUAUAGACAUCGUCAUGCCCCCGGACAGCUCCACCCACGGCGCUCUGCUUUAACGCCCGUCCCAGGAGGUGGUAGUCGCUGUGAAACCAUCCUCCGGAGCAUCAGGACUCACACGAGAAACCUCUUCACUUCAUCCUCUUUUUUUCCAAGUUCUUUCAAUAUAUGAUAGCUGUGGAUGUUUAGACUUUGUUCGGGACCUGUUUGGCGAAGGAUGGGACAGGUGAAAUAAAAGGGCAACAUUCAUAUGCAGCACAGCUGCAGUUUCUUCAUCAGACCUGUAGUACUUCAGAAGAGUUGUGGUGCAGCCAUUUAAAUAAGAUGGGGGAUUUCCUGUCCCCCAAGUUCUCUCAGAACUGCAUGGCUUCACUGGACUCCAGUGAAGCCUGGGUGAUUGCAGUUAAGCGCUGUAGAGCAAGACUGGUUGUGUACUGGACCACAUGCAGUGGACUUCAUAUUGUAUCUUGCAGUUUUUUUUUCCUCUCUCCCCCAGCACCAAGUCAGCCCAGACUUGGUGGCCUUGUGAGUGCAGGAGAAAAAACAGCUGACCAAUGACUUCCUGUGUGGCAGGGUGGAGGGUCAUCUCUCUCUCUCCGUGUCACUUUCACACUCGCUCACCCGUGUGGAGCCCAUUCGUGGUCCUUCUCACCUGUCCGGUUCCAUACCAGAGAGAGUUUACGUGGAAGGACAGGGCAGUGUGCUUCACAUCCAUAUCGCGACUAUCCAAACCUGGGCCGCGCCACCCCCCCCACCUCCCACCGAGUGGACGGACCUCACCCCGGGCAGCAUUCACACCGGCCUCACACAGAGGGAGAGGAAAGUGUUAAAAAAUAGGUUUGGCCAAAAGUGUGGGUGCCUUGAGGUUAAAGGCCUAAGCACACAGGCCUGCCCUGCACUAUACUGUAAAUUGCUGUACAGCAUAUUGUAUAAAUGGAAGCCAGUUUCAGCCUUGUGAGUGUAAACAGCAGUGUCAUGUUAGCACAGACCGGGUUCAGUCCUGCACGGUUUUGGUGAGAUUUUGAUAAACACUUCAUCCAGGACAGAGCGAUUUCGCUAAACCCAUGUGGACAUUUCUGCAUUUUAUUUCUCAGUAGACCAGUAUGCCGUCUGUAUGUGUGUACGCUUUAGAAGAGACCAACCAUGCAUCAAUAUCACAACAGUGGACAGUGCCUUUAUCUCUUAAGGGCAGCAUGGUUUGGCGUCUUAAGAAUCUCUUAGUGUGAUUGAUAUAUCAGAUCUUAAAACACCCAAGAUAUUUUUUGUGUGCGGUUUAAUUGUUCUUUACUAUGCCGCUAUAGCUGAGUUUUGUGUCUUAUCCAGUAGCUGUGAAAACACAAAGCCCUCGCCUCAUUUCCGACAUGGUCCUGCACUGUACGCUAGUCUAGGACGAUGCAGACGAAGUGGAGAGAUGAAGCGCUUUGGUUCGCUGUAGAUAGCUACGCAGCGCACGCACUCCUGUUACGCCAACGUAGAAACACGCAGGGGAGAGAGACAGAGCAAGUGGGUGUGGUCAGGGCUGUGGUGGACGGGGUUAGGGAAAUGAGGUGCACAAGGGAAUGCGGUUGUACAGGUGUGUGCAAAUCUGUUUUCCUCUUCCUGUAUAGUUCUGUGUGUCCCUCUGUGGGUUGCCUCCAGCGGGCAGUGCCACUGCCAAUGUGCACAUUUAUACGUGAACACACAAAAAAUAUAAAUACAUUUUUUUAAAAUCCAA